UGCGCAAACUACUCAACCACUUUCGGAAGCGGUCUUUUACUACACUUGAGUCAGAAUACUUCGAACGGUUAACCUACUAGUCGGCGUGUCGCUCGUAUUUGCAGUGUUUACGUUAUUCCGUUUGGCGUUUUAUCUAUCUUCCUAAUCGUUAACGUUGAAAAUGACGGGAACCGUUGUUGCAGGUGCCACAAAAAACGAAUGUCUUUGCCCAGAUGUACCGCAGGAACCAGUGAAGAAUACUGUCGAGGAAGAAGAUGCACACAUCAUCAUUGACAAUUGGCGAUUGGAGAAAUUUCAAUCACCAAUAGAACUUACACAUGGUGACUCAAUUCACCACGAUCACUUCGAACCGUUGGAGUUCCACGGACAUUGGGACGAAGGCGGUGAGGCCACUUUCACCAACAAUGGGUUUACAGCAACGCUGCGGUUCUUUAAUAGGGAAUUGCCGGUUUUGGUGGGUGGACCGUUGCACGAGGACCAGUACGUCUUCGAGCAACUGCAUUUUCAUUGGAGCGAUGACGAUCACAGCGGUUGCGAACACAUCUUCGAAGGGAAAGCUUAUUCAAUGGAAGCACACAUCGUACACUACAACAAAAAGUACGGUAGCUUUGACAAGGCCAAGGACCAGCACGACGGAUUGGCCGUAGUUGCAUUCUUUCUGCAGGCGACCGACGACGACGAACAUCCUUGCUUCAAUAAACUGACCGCGGCCGUGAAAAACAUUGUCAAGAUCAACACCACCACCAACGUGCCUUCGUGCUCUCUCACUUGGAUUAAAGAGGCAGCCCAAUGCAAAGGCUAUUACACUUAUCAAGGAUCUCUCACUACAGAGCCUUAUUUCGAAAGCGUCACUUGGAUUUUAUAUCCUACACCGAUUCAUGUUAACAGGAACCAGGUCCAGGCAUUCAGAAGUCUUAAUUCUACACCAUGUCAGAAACACACAAUUGUUAACAACACAAGACCAAUUCAAACACCACCUGCACAUAAAAAACUAGAUGUUAUUUAUGCUAGGUCACACAGGAAGAGUGAAUAAAUUUGUUUGUAGAUAUAAUUUUGUAUUAUAUAUUUAAUUUUAUAAUUAUAUAUGUAUAUUUUUGAUACAUAGCAAAUGUAGAAAGUAAGAGAGUAUAUUUAUGAAAUUGUCUUGUUUAUCAAAUAUUCGAUAUGUGUAACAGACCUAUUAUUAACACUGUAUUGUAUUUUCUAAUUAUAUAAUCCAUAUAUAACCGAAUAUAAAUA